UAUACUUAGUAUACUAUAGAAUAUAGUCAAUGAUGUUGACUGUUGGCAUUGUGUACACUAGUACAGCCAUCAACAUCGAUGUAUCAUAUCGUACAUCAAGUGUAAAGACUGCAGAAUUCGAGUAAUCAAAAACACAGACGUUUUCACGAGGGAAGGAAAAACAUAUGGUCGUUAGCAAGUGCAGUGCGACGUAUCGUUACAAGUAAUAAAAGCGGAGCUCAUGCUAAGCAUCGAAAGAUUCAAUAAGCACAAGCUGUGGAGCGGCAAAUCAUCGAGUCUGACUUGCGACUGAGCAGAAAUGGCGUCUAGUCGUCGUGAGUUGGGACUUGUGACUGUAGCUCCUCACUGAUACUACCGUACAAAUAAACAUACAACCAAUACAUGCGAGAGCAUCCCAAACGAGUGUGUGUAUAAAAGUCGAGUCUGCUUUCAAGUGUCAACUGCCUAGUGCCCUGUGAGUUCAACAAUUUUCCAUCGACCAACACGUAAGGACGACCAUGAGGAAGCAAUGGCAGGUAGACGUUCAGUUUUAAGCAGUGCUGACUGUCUUGGAGGAGCAGCCAGUGAACCUUUCCGGGAACUUUUUGAGGCUUGCAAGACCGGUGAUUUAACUAGAGUUAAAAAACUCGUUGGCUGCAAAACAGUCAAUGUCCGAGACACGGCUGGAAGAAAAUCUACACCUCUUCACUUUGCUGCGGGAUAUGGUAGAAGAGAAGUCGUAGAGUACUUACUUCUUGUUGGAGCAUCUAUACAAGCUCGCGAUGAUGGAGGGUUGCAUCCUUUACAUAAUGCUUGUUCAUUUGGUCACUCUGAUGUUGUGAGACUUUUAUUAGAAGCUGGAGCUAAUCCUAAUACACGGGAUAAUUGGAAUUAUACUCCACUUCAUGAAGCUGCAAUAAAGGGAAAAAUAGAUGUUUGCAUAGCUUUACUUCAACAUGGAGCAGAUCCAAAUAUUAGAAACACAGAAGGUAAAACAGCUCUAGAGUUGGCAGAUCCUGUAACAAAACCAGUAUUGACCGGGGAAUAUAAAAAAGAUGAAUUGUUAGAAGCUGCUCGUUCAGGAAAUGAAGAGCGUUUGUUACAGUUGUUGAAUCCCUUGAAUGUUAACUGUCAUGCUAGUGAUGGACGUAGAUCAACUCCACUACAUCUAGCUGCUGGUUACAAUCGAUCUAGAAUUGUUCAAAUAUUAUUACAGAAUGGUGCAGAUGUUCAUGCCAAAGAUAAAGGGGGAUUAGUACCACUGCAUAAUGCCUGCUCAUAUGGUCACUUUGAAGUAACUGAGGCUUUGUUAAAACAUGGUGCAGCUGUAAAUGCCAGUGACCUGUGGGCCUUUACACCAUUACAUGAAGCUGCAAGCAAGUCUCGUGCAGAAGUUUGCUCAUUGUUGCUUAGUGAAGGUGCAGAUCCUACCCAAUUAAACUGCCAUGGGAAAAGUGCUAUUGAUGUUGCACCUUCCCUUGAAUUACAGGAGAGAUUAGCUUAUGAGUACAAAGGACAUUGUUUGUUGGAUGCCUGUAAACAGGCAGAAAUAACUAAAUUGAAAAAGUACUUAUCAGUUGAAGUGGCUAACUUCAAACAUCCAUACACAGGUGACACACCACUUCAUUGUGCUGUGUCAUCACCCUACCCUAAGCGUAAACAAAUAGUAGAGAUGUUGGUACGCAAAAAUGUUGCCUUGGAUGAAAAGAAUAAAGAUUUCCUUACACCGUUACAUUUAGCAACUGAUCAUUCUCACUAUGAUGCUAUGGAUAUUUUACUAGCUCAUGGUGCCAAAGUUGAUGCAGUAGAUGGACUUGGGCAGACAGCUUUACAUAGGUGUGCAAGAGAAGAUAAUAUUCAGGCUUGUAGAAUCCUUUUGUUAUAUAAUGUUGAUCAAUCAAUUGUAUCACUGCAAGGUUACACAGCAGCUCAAGUAGCCACAGAAAACGUUUUAAAAAUUUUACAAGUUUCUACGAUACCACUGUGCUUUACUUUAGAUCCACCAAAUGGAGCAGAAGAUGUUGAAGCUCAAUUAUUAGAAGCAAGUAAAUCAGGAGAUUUAACAGCAGUCGAAAGAAUACUUCAAUCUAAUCCACACGCAGUGAAUUGCCGUGAUUUGGAUGGUAGACACUCGACGCCAUUACAUUUUGCGGCGGGAUACAAUCGAGUUCCUGUUGUAGAGUAUCUUUUAGCUCACGGUGCUGAUGUUCAUGCGAAAGAUAAAGGUGGUUUAGUGCCUUUACACAACGCAUGUUCUUAUGGACAUUACGAAGUAACAGAAUUGUUGGUAAAACAUGGUGCUUCAGUCAAUGUGGCUGAUCUAUGGAAAUUCACACCAUUGCACGAGGCUGCUGCUAAGGGCAAGUGUGAAAUAGUUCGUCUACUGUUGCGCCACGGAGCUGAUGCGACCAAAAAAAAUCGUGAUGGUGCAACUCCGCUGGAUCUUGUGCGCGAAGGAGAUCAAGAUGUCGCAGAUUUAUUGCGAGGCAACAGUGCUUUACUGGAUGCUGCGAAAAAGGGAAAUCUCGCUAGAGUGCAGAGACUUGUUACGCAGGAUAAUAUCAAUUGUAGAGAUGCACAAGGCAGAAACAGCACUCCUUUACACUUAGCAGCCGGUUACAAUAAUCUGGAGGUCGCUGAAUUUCUAUUAGAGCGAGGAGCCGAUGUAAAUGCACAAGAUAAAGGAGGUCUUAUACCAUUGCACAAUGCAUCAAGCUACGGACAUCUCGAUAUUGCCGCAUUACUUAUCAAGUAUAAUACGGUGGUAAAUGCUACAGACAAGUGGGGCUUUACGCCACUUCAUGAGGCCGCUCAGAAAGGCCGCACACAGCUCUGCGCAUUAUUACUUGCUCACGGAGCGGACCCAUUUUUAAAAAAUCAAGAGGGACAGAGUCCUGUAGAUUUGGCGAAUGCAGAUGAUGUGAGAAGUUUGUUACAAGACGCCAUGGCGUCACAGCAAGUUAUAACUAGUAUUCCACCCGUUGGAUUGAAUACCAAUAGCUCCAGUAGAUCACCGAGCAACGUUGCAGUUUCUCCUCCGCCGACGCUGAGUCAAGAAACGGUGAUCAUGCCAUCAGGCAUAGCCAUGACAUUAUGUGUACCUCUUAGCCGUCCACCAUCUUGUAUCAAUACUUUGAAUUCAAGCCACGAGUCCCAACAUUGUGCUUCUGAAUGUUUAGAGUCAAUAGCUAAGGAAUCUGCAGCGAUAACUGGUAUAGCUAAUUUUUUGCAAAGUCUAGGUUUAGAACAUUUACUCGAGUUAUUUGAACGUGAACAAAUAACUUUGGACAUACUUGCUGAAAUGGGACACGAAGAUCUCAAGCAAGUUGGAGUAUCAGCAUAUGGUUAUAGACACAAACUUAUCAAAGGAAUGGAUAAAUUUCUGAAUUCAUCGUCUAAUUCUCUGUGGCAACCAUCGAUUAAUCCUGGCACUUUACUCGUUGAUCUUUUGACCGAAGAUAAAGAAUUUCUGGCUGUAGAGGAAGAAAUGCAAAGUACCAUUCGAGAACAUAGAGACAAUGGGCAUUCCGGUGGCAUUUUUUCACGUUACAAUAUUGUUAGAAUUCAAAAAGUACAAAAUCGAAAAUUAUGGGAACGAUAUUCUCAUCGGCGUCAAGAGGUAGCAGAAGAAGUAGCGGCAGCGCAGGCUCCGACAUCUCCCGGUACAACGGGACGAGUGAGCGGACCUUCGUCUUUAUCACAUGCAAACGAGCGUAUGCUCUUUCACGGCAGCCCUUUUAUCAAUGCCAUUGUCCAGAAAGGUUUUGACGAGAGACAUGCAUAUAUUGGUGGUAUGUUCGGUGCAGGUAUUUAUUUCGCAGAACAUAGUAGCAAAAGCAAUCAGUAUGUUUACGGAAUUUGUGGUGGUACGGGAUGUCCAGUUCACAAAGAUCGCAGCUGUUAUAUAUGUCACAGACAUCUCUUAUUGUGCCGUGUAACUUUGGGUAAAUCCUUUUUACAAUUUUCGGCGAUGAAAAUGGCCCAUGCACCCCCUGGCCAUCACAGCGUUAUGGGUCGCCCAUCUCAGGGUGGUUUAGCUUUUCCAGAAUAUGUAGUGUAUAGGGGAGAACAAGCGUAUCCAGAAUAUUUAAUAACUUAUCAAAUUGUACGCCCACAGCAAGAUCCAAAUUCACUCGGUGAAUCAUCGGAUGAACGAUGAUCGUGGAUCGAGGGCAAAACUCUAGAUAUUGCUUCUGGUUUUAUUCGACGUUUGUGCUGUUACUGCCAACAUACUGCGACCCUCUAGGUAAAAUACUAAACAAUUUAAAGUAAAUUUGAGCAAUUUUCUGCAUUUUUGGUAACUUAUCAAGCAAUAAUGUGAUAGAAUACCAUUAAAAAUUUUAUUUUUAUUACAUGUAAUAUUAUAAAAUAGUGAAUGAAUUUGAAUCAAAGUAAUUUUGAUUACUUAAAAUCGUGCGCUCUAUGAAAUUUCCAAUUAUUUUGUUGGAAAAAUUUUUGAGUGUCCUCAGAAAAUUAGUGGAAUAUUCAUUAUUAUUUAGCAUUGUCGAAGAGAAAUUAUAUGAAAUUAAAUCUCUGGUGUUACGUUUCUUCAUUCUUUAAAAAUAAGCUUUUUAAGAGUGAAACUACUUUAUUAACAUCGUAUUAUUUUAUCGCAUAUCUUGAUAAAUUUAUUAUUAUUUUCGAUUGAAUUUAUAACAUACACAUUUAAUUUCGUAAAGUUGUAUGACCUUCAGGAAAACUUGACAAUAUUCACAGCAGUUUAACGCACAUUCAUUGAAUGAUGAUAUGUUUAUUAAAAAUAGGCUUCCAAAUAACUCAUUAUAAGAGUUUAAGCUUGAUUUCCAACCAUUCUUAAACUUUUAUGCCAGGCAAAUGUGAAAUUAGAUUAAAUUGAAUCUACUAAUUAAAUUUUGUCCAACAUAAUCUUUAUAAUAUUUGAAUAGAAAAGCAAAAAAAUUGUACAUAAUAUCUGAUCUUUUGUAAAAAUUUCGAUUAGAAUAGUAAAAUCAAGAAGAGACUUUUUUAAUAGAAGCAACUGUUCUUUGUAUUAUAUCGAUUAACACAAAAAAUAUGUUGUUACAUAGUGUUUUUUCCCCUGAUAGUUAAUUUAUUCAAAGAAAAAAAUAUUUUUUAUCAUCACCAAUGGUAUCGAAAAAUAUACACGUGCGUCUAUCUUUGCUUUGUUUGAAAAAAUGAAUGUUUCUGAAAUGAAAAAUACUGUACUGUUAUUGGUACAAUUUUAACAGUAAAAUGAUUCCUAAAAUAAAUCUUGUGUUUGAAUAAACAUUGAACUUUAAAAAUAAAUUCAUUACUCAAACUCAUAAUUAAUUAGGAUAUUGUAUAGAAAAAAUAAUAAAGUCAAUGAUUGUCUUUAAUCUUGGUUGUUAUAUUAAAAUAAAUCAUGAUUUUGUAUUCAUUAUUGAAUAAUGUUAACUUAUGUAAUGUAGUAAAGUUAUUUUGCUUAGCAAAGGCUUAGGAAAUAUUUAAUGUGUAGAUAUAUGUAUAAUAGUAAUAAUCUAUAUCUAUUGUAAAAAUUUAAUUUGGUGUCAAACACUGCGUUAAAAUUGUUUUGGAUAUGUAUAAUGGUAUUUGAAUUAUUUUAUGAGACUAUAUGUACAAAGAUGCAACUUUUUGAAAAUAUAGUUAAUAAUGAGUCAAAGACUGCGAGGAAAAGUGUCGAUACUUGUUAUGAAUUAUUAAAUAAGAUGAUUGGUUGAAAGUUAUACAUAAAUAUUAUUUAUUUUGUGAUUCUUAUUACGAACUAAAAUUGCGUUAAAACUUUUUAAAA